CCCUAACCUUUUCCUGCUCUUUCCGGUUUAGGAUUUCGACCAGCGUGCUUGUUCUCGUCCCGAGCUAAGGCCAUUUGUUAUAAACAAUUAAUUUUUGGCAACUUGCACAAUCAGUGAUUAGCCACAGCACUCCGACAUGUCUACCAAAGCCGAGCUCGCCUGCGUCUACGCUUCCCUCAUCUUGGUCGAUGACGAUGUCGCCGUCACCGGCGAGAAGAUCAACACCAUCCUGAAGGCCGCCAACGUCGAGGUGGAGCCCUACUGGCCCGGCCUCUUCGCCAAGGCCCUGGAGGGCAUCAACGUCAAGGACCUGAUCACCAACAUCGGAUCCGGAGUCGGUGCCGCCCCCGCCGGAGGUGCUGCCCCUGCUGCCGCCUCCGCUGCUCCAGCCGCCGAGGCCAAGAAGGAGGAGAAGAAGAAGGAGGAGGAGUCCGACCAGUCCGACGACGACAUGGGCUUCGGUCUGUUCGACUAAAUCCCCUAGAGACCUUCUGGACAACCUGACAUCCGUUGUGUUUGUGCUCUAAUCCUCGAGAGGCGGACGUGUGCCCGUGUUUCCCGACCGCGUACACGUUUUAAUGUACAAAUGCGAGGAAAUAUAGAAGACGUUUGCUAAAA